GCGCAGCUCAACCACUUCGCUGACUGGACCGAGGACGAGCUUCAGGGCUUGCGCGGAUAUAAGAAGGCGUACUCCCACUCCCCGACGCAGAUGGGGAGCACCGCGACUGCGGAGUUGCACUCGGAGGACAUGAGCAAAGGACUGGAGACGGACACGUUCACCUGGGGGCACUUGGAUGCCAUUUUGAAGGCAACCGAUCAGCAAUCCUGCGGCAGCUGCUGGGCCUACGCCGCCACCGCGGCGCUCAACGCCCACGCCGAGAUCAACAACAACACCCAGAGGUAUUCCGUCGCCCAGAUCGUGGCCUGCACCCCGAACCCGCAGGAGUGCGGCGGCUCUGGAGGCUGCGAGGGGGCCACCGCCGAGCUGGCGUACGAGUACGCGCUGACCAAGGGCCUCAGCCUGGAGUCCGACUUCCCCGCGAGACCCGGCGGCGCGCAGGCUGCGUGCCCCGCGGACCAAAGGCCGCCCGAGUCGCUGCUGUCCACCGGCAUCGCCUCGAAGGCCGUGGUGGGCCCAGACGGGUCCGAGAUGCACAUGCUUCCCGACGCUAUGCGCGGCAGCCUCUCCAUGGGCAUGCUGGGUUGGACCAAGCUGCCCGAAAACAAGGAGAGGCCCCUGGUGCGCGCGCUGAUUGAGUACGGGCCGCUCGCGGUCGCGGUGGCCGCGGGGGCCGACUGGAAUUGGUACUACCACGGCAUCCUCACGCCGCAGGGCUGCGACAGGAACCACGUCAUCAGCCACGCGGUCGUGCUCUACGGCUACGGCAAGGCCAUGAGCACCAAGCACGGGGAGGUGAAGUAUUGGCACAUCAAAAAUUCGUGGGGCCAGAAUUGGGGCGAGGGAGGCAUGCUUCGUCUGCAGCGCCUGGACAAGGAGGACGAGGAGUGCGGCUGGGACAACAAGCCUGAAGUCGGCUCUGGCUGCAGGGGUGGCCCGAAGAAGGCGUGGGUCUGCGGUUCCUGCGGCAUCCUCUACGACGCUGUGAUGCCGAUGUUCCGGCUGUAA